AUGCGAGGCGAGAUCUGUCAUAUACACAUUGGCCAGGCCGGCACCCAGCUUGGUAAUGCUGCCUGGGAGCUGUAUCUACUUGAACACGGUCUGAGGCCUGACGGAUUUAUCGAUCCCGAUGUUACCGACGAGGCUGCAAAAAGUGGAUCUUACGAGACUUUCUUUACUGAAACCUCCAGCGGCAAAUUUGUUCCCCGUUCCAUCUUCGUCGAUCUUGACCCAUCGCCGAUCGAUGAGAUUCGCACUGGCACCUACCGCAAUCUUUUCCGUCCACAGGGGCUAAUCAGUGGGAACGAAGAUGCGGCAAACAACUAUGCUCGGGGCCAUUACACCGUUGGGAGGGAGAUUUCUGGAGCCGUGAUCGACAGCAUUCGUUAUGUGGCCGAGAAUUGCCAUUCCCUACAGGGCUUCCUGAUUUUCCACUCCUUUGGUGGUGGUACAGGAUCUGGUUUUGGUUCACUCUUGUUGGAUCAUCUGACCAGCAUGUAUGGGCGCAAGUCCAAGCUGGAAUUCUCAAUCUACCCUUCUCCGCGUACAUCGACUGCCGUGGUAGAGCCCUACAACGCCGUCCUCUCAACCCACAGCACCAUUGAGAACUCCGACUGUACCUUCCUAGUUGACAACGACGCCGUGUACGAUAUCUGCCGACGCAAUCUGGAUAUUCCUCGUCCUGGAUAUGAGCAUCUCAACCGUCUCAUUGCUCAGGUAGUGAGCUCCAUCACGUCUAGCUUGCGGUUCGAUGGCGCGCUCAAUGUCGAUUUGGCUGAGUUUCAGACCAACCUUGUCCCGUACCCGCGUAUUCACUAUCCAUUGAUUUCGUAUGCUCCGGUGAUCGGUAGCCAGCGCAGCUCUCACGAGAGUUUCAAGGUCCAGGAUCUCACCUUCCAGUGUUUUGAACCCAACAACCAGAUGGUGAACUGCGAUCCACGAAAGGGUAAGUACAUGGCUGUGGCUUUACUCUACAAGGGUGACGUUGUACCCCAUGACUGCAAUAAGGCUGUCCACGCCCUCAAAACUAGGGGAACUUUCAGUUUGGUUGAGUGGUGUCCUACCGGAUUCAAGUUAGGCAUCAACUACCAAAAGCCUGUGCGUCGUCCUGACGAUGAACUUGCGUGUGUCGACCGUUCGGUUAGUAUGCUGUCUAACACCACCGCGAUUGCUGAGGCAUGGAGUCGCCUGGAUCGCAAUUUCGACCUUAUGUACUCCAAGCGUGCGUUUGUGCACUGGUAUGUUGGUGAAGGGAUGGAAGAAGGCGAAUUCUCUGAAGCCCGUGAGGACCUCGCGGCACUCGAGAAAGAUUACGAGGAGGUGGCUGAGGACAGCGGCCCGGAAGGAGUUGAGUACUGA